GGCGGCGGCGGCGGCUCCGUGCGCGGCACCUUGUUCUGCACCAACCUGCGCGUCGCCUUCGUGCCCGGCGCCCAGGCUCCCGGUGCGCGGGCCCUCGUGCCCAGCGACAGCGACGUGGCUCUGCGCUGCAUCCGCAAGCUGGUCGCAGCCUGCAGCUUCGCCAAGCCCAAGGUGCUGACGGCCGCCUCCAGCCUCAAGUUCAUCCCCGAGGAAUUGGCCGUUCACUGCCGGGAUUUCCGCCUGCUCCGCUUCCACUUCCAYGAGAGUGGCCUGCAGCCCCAGGCCUUCCGCGAGGAGGAAGAGGAGGACGAGGAGGAGGAGGAAGGCCCCACGCCGCUUUUCGAGAGCCUCCACGACUGGGAGAAGGAGCUGAAGCGGCAGGGAGCCGUGGGCUGGCGCGUGAGCGCUGUCAACGAGCGCUUCGACAUGGCCACGAGCCUCCCCCGGUACCUGUGGGUGCCYGGCCGGCUCCUGGACAAGGAUCUCAAGCGGGCGUUCGCGCACUUCGAGGAGCGGCGCGUGCCCCGCCUCUGCUGGCACCACCCAGGCGGCAGCGACCUGCUGCGAACCGCCGGCUUCCACGCGGCCUCGGAGCCGCAGCGCGAGGACGUGCGGUGCCUGGAGGCUCUGCUGCGCGGCGGCCACGGGCAGUGCGUGCUGGUGGCGCCGGGCGAGCUGCCCAGCCUGGCCGAGCUGCAGCUCUCCUACGGGAAGCUGCGGGCGCUCUGCCUGCCCGGUGCSGUGCCCGAUGACAAGUGGCUGUCUGCGCUGGAGGGCACCCGCUGGCUGGACCACGUGCGGGCCUGCGUGCGCAAGGCGAGCGAGGUGGCCUCGCUGCUGGCCGCGAGACGCUGCUCCGUCGUGCUGCAAGAGCCCCACGACCGCGACUUCAACUGCCUGCUGGCCUCGCUGGCGCAGCUGCUGGCCGACCCGCACGCCCGCACCCUGCCCGGCUUCCAGAGCCUCGUGCAGAGGGAGUGGGUGGCCGCCGGGCACCCGUUCGCCCGGCGCCUGGGCCUGGGGCGCCCCAGCCCGCGGGACGAGGCGCCCGUUUUCCUGCUUUUCCUGGAUUGCACGUGGCAGCUGGUGCGGCAGUUCCCCGGCUGCUUCGGCUUCACCGAGAGCUACCUGCUGGCGCUGCACGACAGCAGCUUCGUGCCCUACUUCAGCACCUUCCUCUUCAACUGCCAGUGGCAGCGGGGACGCAACAGCCGGCCGCCGGGCUCCGCGCAGAGCUACACGCCGGUGAGCGGCUGGCGGGAGCCGGUGGCGGCCGGGGGGGCGCAGCGGGGCGGUUCUCCCCCCGGCCGCCGCCGCCGGCUGCUCUCCGUGUGGGAUUGGAGGCUGCGCUACAGCCGGCAGCAGCGCUCCCGCUUCCGGAACCCCGCGGGACCCCGCGCCGGCCCGGCCGCCUCCAGCCCCGACGGCCCCUGGCCCCUCAACGCGACCGUGUACGUGGGCGGCCUGGACGAGAAGGUGAGCGAGCCGCUGCUAUGGGAGCUCUUCCUGCAGGCGGGACCCGUCGUCAACACCCACAUGCCCAAGGACCGAGUCACCGGCCAGCACCAAGGCUAUGGCUUCGUGGAGUUCCUCAGCGAGGAGGACGCCGAUUACGCCAUUAAGAUCAUGAACAUGAUCAAGCUGUACGGGAAGCCCAUCCGGGUGAACAAGGCCUCCGCCCACAACAAGAACCUGGACGUGGGGGCCAACAUCUUCAUCGGCAACCUGGACCCCGAGAUCGACGAGAAGCUGCUGUACGACACGUUCAGCGCCUUCGGCGUCAUCCUGCAGACGCCCAAGAUCAUGCGAGACCCCGACACGGGCAACUCCAAGGGCUACGCGUUCAUCAACUUCGCCAGCUUCGACGCCUCCGAYGCCGCCAUCGAGGCCAUGAACGGACAGUACCUGUGCAACAGGCCCAUCACCGUCUCGUACGCCUUCAAGAAGGACUCCAAGGGCGAGCGGCACGGCUCGGCGGCUGAGCGCCUGCUGGCCGCGCAGAACCCGCUCUCGCAGGCCGACCGGCCCCACCAGCUCUUUGCCGACGCUCCUCCUCCGCCCUCCAUCCCUACGCCCGUGGUCACGUCCCUGGGACCCGGCGUCACCCCUCCAGGCCUGCCGCCGCCGGGCUCCUUCCCGCCGCCGGUGCCGCCGCCCGGUGCCCUGCCGCCCGGGAUGCCGCCCGCCAUGCCGCCCCCGCCCAUGCCACCGGGCGCCGGCGCCCCCGGCCCCCCCGGCGGGGCCGCCCCCGGCGCGGGGCACCCCCCGCACCCCCAUCCCUUCCCGCCGGGCGGGAUGCACCAUCCAGGGCUGCCCCCCAUGCAAGUGCACCACGGGCCGCCCGGCAUGGGCCAGCACCACCCGGGGCCCCCCGGCUCGGGGGGCCAGCCCCCGCCGCGCCCGCCGCCCGGCAUGCCGCAUCCCGGCCCCCCGCCCAUGGGAAUGCCGCCCCGAGGACCUCAUUUCGGCUCGCCCAUGGGUCACCCCGGCCCCAUGCCGCACCACGGCAUGCGCGGCCCUCCGCCGCUGAUGCCCCCCCACGGCUACAACGGGCCCCCUCGCCCCCCGCCCUACGGCUACCAGAGGGUGCCCCUGCCCCCCCGGCCGGCGCAGCGGCCCCCCGGGGUGCCGCCCCGCGGGCCCCUCAGGGGCCCCCUGCCCUAA